AUGUAUAAAGAAAAAAAGAGAAUGAAAAUUAUCGACAAAAUUAAUGAAUACAAAUCAAAGAAUCAGAGAUUCUACUCGUUCGAAUACUUCCCACCAAAGACAAUGGAGGGUGUUCAGAAUCUCUACGAUCGUCUCGGUCGUAUGCUGCUGUUGGAGCCCUUGUUUGUCGAUAUCACAUGGGGUGCUGGUGGCUCCACCAGUCAGCUGACUCUCGAGAUUGCAGAGACCUCACAGAAUAUCUGUGGUCUCGAGACAAUGAUGCAUCUUACCUGCACCAACAUGAAGGUCGAGGAGAUCGACUUUGCCCUUGAGAAAGCCAAGGCGUCGGGUGUGCGUAACAUCUUGGCGCUGCGUGGUGACCCACCACGUGGUGAAGAGUGGAAGAAGAUCGAAGGUGGAUUCGGAUAUGCUUCGGAUCUCGUGCGUUACAUUCGUCAGAAGCACGGCGACCACUUUGGAAUUGCCGUCGCCGGUUACCCAGAGGGUCACUCUGACUGCACCUCGAAGGAGGACGACCUCCAGCACCUAAAGAACAAAAUCGAUGCCGGUGCCGAUCUUAUCAUCACCCAGUUGUUCUACGACGUCGACAUGUUCAAUGAUUUCGUUGGAAAGUGUCGCGCCAUCGGAAUCAACUGUCCAAUCAUCCCUGGUAUCAUGCCAAUCCACACAUACGCCGGAUUCAAGCGUAUGACUACACUCUCACAGACAGCGGUUCCUCCACAUAUCCUCGAGGCGCUCGAGCCCAUCAAGGACAACGAUGAAGAGGUCAAAAAGUAUGGUGUCAAACUCUGUGUUCAGAUGUGCGAGCGUCUCGUUGAGGCGGGUGUCGACGGUCUCCACUUUUACACUCUCAAUCUCGAGCGUAGCGUUCGUAAGGUUCUCAAAGGAUUGAACAUGGUUCGUCCCGACCAACUAGCUCGUUACCUCCCGUGGGCACAGUGCGCCAGUACCAACCGUCUCAAGGAGGAGGUUCGUCCGAUCUUCUGGCAGCAUCGUCCACGUUCCUACAUUUCGAGAACCGGAAGUUGGGACGAGUUUCCCAAUGGUCGUUGGGGUGACUACCGUUCGCCAGCGUUCGGUGACCUCUCUGACUACCAUCUCUCCAGUCUCCAAUUCAACAGCGCUCAGGCCGAGCAAAACAAAGACGACUUUGGCGCUGCGCCACUCUCCACCCAAGACGUCUACGACCGCUUCGCAGACUAUUGCGCCGGUCGCCUCAAGAAACUUCCAUGGAACGAUUUGCCACUGUCUUCCGAGUCCGACGAGAUCAAAGAACCAUUGGUCUUCCUCAAUAGCAACGGAUUUCUCACUAUCAACAGUCAGCCGGCAGUCAAUGGCGCCAGCUCCACCGACAAGAACUACGGUUGGGGUGGCAAGCAUGGAUUCGUCUACCAGAAGGCGUACGUCGAGUUCUUCACCUCGCCAGAGAACACCGCCAAGCUCAUCGAGUACUUUAAGAAGUGUCCUUCGAUCACCUACCACGCCGUCAACGUACGCGGUGAUUCACUGACCAACACCAAGGGCACCAACGCCGUCACCUGGGGUAUCUUCCCGGGCAAGGAAAUCAUCCAGCCAACCGUUGUCGACCACGCCAGUUUCGUAGUCUGGAAGGAUGAGGCAUUCGCCUUGUGGCAAUCGCGUUGGGCAUCGACCUACCCCGAAGGUUCGGAAUCUCGUCGCGUGUUGGAAUCAAUGAUCAACUCUUACUACCUCGUCAACGUAGUAGACAAUAACUUUGUCAACGGUAGCAUCUUCCAGCCAUUCAAAGAUCUAAUGAAUAAUUUAACUUCUCCAGUCAUUCAAUCGACUUCGCCAACUUCAAAUUAA